AUGGAACGAUAUUCGGAGUUACCUUUUGUUGGGGAUGCAACCGGUGAAGAGCUUGAUCUAAUAAGAUCUGGAGACAUAUAUCUUCUUCAAAGAUACCGAUAUGUUACCUUCGCCAACAGAGUGGCCUCCAAACGAUCCCUGAGAGAGAAGAAAGAGGAAUCUGCCAAAGAAAGCAACAACUUGAAUAUUGUUCAAGACUUACAGGAGGAGUUGUCAACACUUUCGAAGGAAUAUUGGAUCUUGGAACGACUAUGGGGGAGGAUUAGGAUAUCGAUUACUGGCGUUCCCAGCCCAAAGGAUACAUGCACCGAGUACUUUGGGAAGAUUCUGUUGGGAGAGGAGGCUGGUGUGGCAGAGACUGUGGAUGCUGUUCUCAUCGCCCGUCCGAAUUCGCAGCUGGCCAUUGCAUCGUGGAGUGUUUUUGUUGCGAGAAAGCCCGGCGGUUUGCACUUGACCCCGAGCAAAAAUCCCAGCUCCAGGACUUCUUCAAGCUUGAUUACAACCGUCUCCGUGGAUGGUAUUACGACCGAAUGA